AAGAAUCGUCCAUCCUUUUUAUCAGCAGCAGCAGCGAAAUUUUUAAUCCUACUGGUGGAUGCUCGAAAUGGCUGGUUGGACUAUUAAGCCGGCCGUCUCCAUGUUAUGGCGGCAAACGGCGACCCUUCGAUGAUCUCUCCUCCGUCUUCCAUCUCGAACGGCCCGGAGCCACAGUUACCGCCGUUACCACCGCCGUUACGUUCGACGCAAGUGUUACAACCGCUGUCAGUGUUUCCAGUUGCAACCUUGAGUCAGGAAGCCACGUAUGAGUAUGUCUUUGGAGGGCCGCUGGACUCGCAUGCCCUGUCAUCAACGCUUAAGCUGACCUCGCCUCCAAUACGACUGCGCCCUGAUGUCUACCGUUCCCAAUCGAUUGACUCGCAGCGCAGCAGUGGCGUAGACGAUGGGCGAUCGUCGUCCGCUCAGCACUCACAGCAUCACCGUUCAUCCCGUGCGAGUUCACUUAAGCGAUCAGGAUACAUAGGAAACGACGGAACCGCUUCCAUUGGCUCCCGCAAGAGCAAUCGUAGCGAUGGGGAGGAUGAGGACUCACUGCGUCAAUUGCUUAUCGAAUUGCAGAAGCAGGUCAGCGUGAUGAGCAUGAAUCUGUCGGCGAAGUUAGACGAUCUGCAGCGGGGUGACCGGCACUUCGAGACCACGGUCGCCCUCUGCGAGAUCCGAACGCAACUGCAGGAGCUCACCAAAUCGGUGGAGAGCUGCCAGACCGAGGUCUCGGAGGUGAAACGUGAUAUGGUACAAAUCAAGCAUGAGCUGGAUACCGUGCAACAGGUGAAGGAAGAGAUCGAAGAGCUGCGGGAGUACGUGGACCGGCUGGAGGAGCACACGCACCGGCGAAAAUUACGCCUUUUGGAGCAAGGUCUGACGUUCUUCCUGACGUAUGCCAUCUUCGCGGCGGUCCUCGGGAUGCUCCAGUUCGGUUACAACACCGGCGUCAUCAAUGCUCCCGAGGUCAACAUCGAGAACUUCAUGAAGGAUGUGUACAAGGACCGGUACGGGGAGGACAUCAGCGAGGAGUUUAUCCAGCAGCUCUACUCGGUGGCAGUGUCCAUAUUUGCCAUCGGCGGUAUGCUUGGAGGAUUCAGCGGGGGCUGGAUGGCCAACCGGUUCGGGAGGAAGGGCGGCCUGCUGCUCAACAACGUGCUCGGUAUCACGGGUGCAUGCCUGAUGGGAUUCACGAAAAUGAGUCAUUCCUAUGAAAUUCUAUUCCUCGGACGAUUUAUAAUUGGUGUCAAUUGUGGCUUAAACACAUCAUUAGUACCAAUGUAUAUAUCUGAAAUUGCUCCAUUAAAUUUAAGAGGUGGUUUAGGUACCGUUAACCAAUUGGCUGUGACCGUAGGAUUAUUAUUAUCACAAGUACUCGGUAUAGAACAAAUUUUAGGAACAAAUGAUGGCUGGCCCGUGCUGUUAGGGCUCGCCAUCUGUCCAGCUUUAUUACAAUUAAUACUCUUACCUAUUUGCCCCGAGUCACCUAGAUAUUUACUAAUUACGAAACAGUGGGAGGAGGAAGCGCGUAAAGCCCUUCGGCGGUUGAGGGCGUCCAAUCAGGUAGAGGAAGACAUCGAAGAGAUGCGUGCCGAGGAGCGCGCGCAGCAAUCGGAAAGUAGCAUAUCGACGAUGGAACUGAUAUGCUCGCCGACGCUGCGGGCGCCACUCAUGAUCGGAAUUGUGAUGCAGCUGAGUCAGCAGUUUAGUGGAAUUAAUGCCGUAUUCUACUACUCAACAUCGCUCUUCAUGAGCUCAGGUCUAACGGAGGAAAGUGCUAAAUUUGCCACAAUAGGAAUCGGUGCAAUAAUGGUUGUGAUGACACUCGUAUCAAUACCACUAAUGGAUAGAACCGGUCGACGAACACUGCAUUUAUACGGAUUAGGUGGAAUGUUUAUAUUUUCAAUAUUCAUAACGAUAUCAUUUUUAAUAAAGGAGUUUUUUGGUUACGUGCAGGAAAUGAUCGACUGGAUGUCCUACCUGUCGGUGGUGUCAACGCUUGCGUUCGUGGUGUUCUUCGCCGUCGGGCCAGGCUCGAUUCCGUGGAUGAUUACUGCCGAGCUGUUCAGCCAGGGGCCGCGGCCGAGCGCGAUGGCGAUCGCGGUGCUGGUCAACUGGAUGGCGAACUUCGUUGUUGGAAUUGGUUUCCCAAGUUUAAAGACUGCCUUGGAAAAUUAUACAUUCCUACCGUUUAGUGUAUUUUUAGCAAUAUUUUGGAUAUUUACAUAUAAAAAGGUUCCUGAGACCAAAAACAAAACGUUCGAAGAAAUUUUAGCACUAUUUAGGCACGGGAAUGGAAGAAACCUUCGUGAUAGUAGACUGUACGGGAGUAUGCUAAACUGCGUAAAUAACCUGGAGCCGCAGAGUAUGAACUCGGGCAUCGAACGUGCCGCGCUGAUGAUCUCCGAGGAAAAGACCCAGCACGACUCACUAUUCGGAACAUCCGGUACGCUGGACGGCGAGAUGGGUCCGUAUCCGGUGGGAGAUGGAAACCUCCUGGGGCCGUCGUCCAGAGUGUUCGGAACGACGGGUACGCUGGACGGAGAAAUGGGUCCCUACCCGGUGGGCGACAGUACCACGCUGCUCGGCACGCAGUACUUCGGUACGACGGCACUGACCGGGUACGGUACCGAAGCCCUGACAAUCGGUUCCGGCCGGCUCAACUACGGAUCGACGGGACCAACCGUUAGUACAACUUGCUCACCGAUGCCAAAGAGACGAACGCCCGGCGUUAGCCGGAGGGCUCCCGCGGGUGGUGGCGGCCGCGGGGGCCACAACGACGAAGGUGGAGGAUGUUCCGCCGGCAGUGGGGUAGCCGUUCGGGACAGCUUCCGCCGACAUUCGGCCCACGGACGGAUAGUGAGCUCAGCUGCAUCCGAGCGUUGUGCCGAAAACGCAAGAAAUACUCAAAUGCGAACUGCUACCUGUGCGCCCCAUCACCAUCAUCAGCAAGUACCUGUCUGCCAGAACACAGGGCCUUGACUGAAGACCACCGCCUUGACCCCUAGCUCGUUUGCCAACUCCCAGUACGUCAGCAUCGAGCAUGACGACGAAGAGGAGGAAACAGCCGCCGACGACGGUAGAACAUCCGUAUCAUCGAAGCAUCAUCUCCAUCAGCAAUGCAGCGGCAGUAGCCGCAACACGACUCCGGGCGCGGCCCGGAAGUGCGACAGCUUGAGCAGAAGCCGAACCAGUCUGCGCAGUGAAACUGCCAGCAGUUCGGGUCACA